AUGGCCGACGAUGGAAUGCUCUUGAAUUUUGCUAUCGGGGAUAGUGUCAUCAAACCCGAGGCUAAAUUCACAGGUGGUACAUGGCGAGCUCGUCUGUCAGCGAAAAAGCGCUCGCAACACCGACCUACCGGUAACGAAGAUCCAAGCCAGCGCAAUGCCGAUUCGAAGAACCCAAAUAUGAUUCAGAUCCCCGCGAACCGACCUGCUAAGCGACAAAGGACCGACGAAUCUGGUCCAUCUGGAAAGCCAAAUCAUCGGUCGCAACACCAAGGCCCACGCCGACACCCCGGCCAAUUUGCCUCAUCUUUAUUCACCAGCAAUCCGGAAUCCAAGACUGUGGAGGAGCGUAAACCAGAGGAGCCAGCUGAAGAUGCGAAGCCAACCAACGCUGCGCUUGUUGAUGGGAUCGACACAUUUACCAGUCUGGGACUGUCAGCCAAUCUGGCAGCGCAUCUGUUGACCAAGUUGGAGUUGAAGGCCCCGACUGCGAUUCAAAAAGCAUCAAUUUCACAGCUAUUGAAGGAAGAGACCGAUGCUUUUAUUCAGGCUGAGACUGGAUCAGGAAAGACCCUAGCUUAUCUGCUCCCUCUCGUCCAACGUAUUAUGGCUCUCUCGAAAGCUGCUACUAAAGAGGAGGCCGUUCAUCGUGAUAGUGGUCUGUUUGCCAUCAUUCUAGCACCUACUCGCGAAUUGUGCAAGCAGAUCUCUGUUGUACUCGAAAACCUCCUUCGAUGCGCCAAUUGGCUCGUCGCGGGUACUGUUAUUGGUGGAGAAAAGAAGAAGUCGGAGAAAGCUCGUCUGCGAAAAGGUCUCAACAUUCUCGUUGCUACUCCAGGUCGUCUGGCAGAUCAUCUGGAGAACACACAAGUUUUGGAAGUCAGCAAUGUUCGAUGGCUAAUUUUGGACGAGGGUGAUCGAUUGAUGGAUUUGGGUUUCGAGGAGGAAUUACAGGGUAUUGUUAAGAAACUUGACGCCAGACAACGGCCGAGUCGCAUUCCUGGCAUGCCCACUCGCAGGACAACAGUCUUAUGUUCGGCUACCCUGAAGAUGAAUGUACAGCGGUUGGGAGAGAUCAGUUUGAAAGAUGCUGUGCAUAUUAAAGCAGAUCCUGCCGAUGAGGAUGAAGAAUCGCGUGGCGCCAACGAUGAGGACGAGGCCUUCCGCGUUCCCGCUCAGUUAAAACAGUCUUACGCAGUUGUCCCCGCCAAGCUACGAUUGGUCUCAUUGACUGCCUACCUCAAGAGGACUUUCAUUCGGAAGGGUUCUGUGAUGAAGGCUAUUGUCUUUGUGUCAUGCGCCGACUCGGUUGAUUUCCUUUUCGAAGUUUUCUCCCGACAAUACGGCAUGAGACGUAAGAAGUCUGAUGAUAAUGAUGACGACGAAAAGAAGGAUGAAGAUGAAGAAGAAAAGAAACCUGAGCGAGAGGCCCUCUCUCCCCAUGGCACUAUCGCCCCUGCCGAAGCAUUUUCCACACCCGCAAAUCCUGUCACCAUUCACCGACUACACGGUUCUCUGCCACAACAUGUUCGAACUGCUACCCUCAACUCUUUCUCCCGCAGCAAGGAUGCCUCGGUAAUGGUUUGUACUGAUGUCGCCUCCCGUGGUUUGGAUCUGCCCAACGUCGACCUUGUCAUCGAGUACGACCCUGCUUUCAGCUCAGACGACCAUACCCACCGUAUCGGUCGUACCGCCCGUCUGGGCCGUGACGGCCGGGCCUGCAUUUUCCUCCAGCCUGGUUGCGAAGAGGGCUACGUUGAGAUUCUUAAGCGCGGCUACCGUGAUGGAGGCAAAGCACUCACACGCACAGAUGCAAAUGAAAUCCUCAGACGUGGCUUCGGUGCAACCCCUGGCUCGACCAGCAAGAACUGGGAGGAGAAGACUACCGACUGGCAAAUGGAUGUGGAGCGCUGGGCUCUGGAUAACCCGGAGUAUCUGGAGAUGGCUCGUCGCGGAUUCCAGUCGCACGUUCGCGCAUAUGCCACCCACAUUGCUGCUGAGCGAAGCAUGUUCGACAUUAAGGAACUUCACCUGGGACAUCUUGCCAAGAGUUUCGCUCUGCGCGAUCGACCAGGCAAGAUUAAUGUUCCUGGUCUGCGCCAGGGCAAGGAGGAUGCUAAGAAGGACUUCAAAGCGGCGCGUCACGGUGUCGCUGGAAAUAAGAGAAAGGCGGAUGAUGAUGCUUCUACUUCAAAUACAACUGAUGCGGCUCGCAAGAUGCGUGCCAAGAUGAGAGAGCAGAUGUCUGGAGCCAGCGAGUUCAACUUGGCUUAA